AUCUCUGACAUUAUUCCUAAAAUGGCAGUCUGUAAACUAUCGCUGCUAUUUUUGCUUGUGAGGGGAGUAGUGUCCAAUGAGAUAGACCACUGGUGUUACAGUCCGACAGGAGACGACUGCAGUUGGUAUAGACACUGUCUUGCGAAACGUUUUCCAUGCGAGGCAGCCAACGACUCUUACGCCAUCGGCUUUGGUGAUACAAUAUGCAACGACUUCAACAAGAACCGUCCUGAAUUUUCUGAUCUUGGUAAACGUUGGGUAGAUGAAACAAGAGCUUGCCUUCAGAAGCAGCUAGUACCAGUACUAUCUAAGCAAGAGAUGACGUGCCCGGACAUCCAAGCUUUUGCCUUUCAUACACAUUCCCACUGCUACAGUAACCCUCCAGAAGGAUCUCCCUCGUUCUGUGAUCUGCCAUUCUCUGACUGGCUUCAUAUCACGUGGAUUGUAAAGCAAAGUUUCUUUCGUGAAACUUCAGAGACUGUGAAGCAAAUUGCUCAUAUCCUUGGAAAUUGUGCUUCAAUUAGUCUUUUUGGAAAGUAAAUAUCUACUGUAAUGUAUAGAUAAAUAGCGAGGUCUUCUAAAACAAUUUUGUUAAUGAACGCUACAUUAAACUUAAAAUUAAAAAAUAUAGCAGG